UCAAAUAUUGCAAGUGCAAUACGUUGAAGUAUCUGAUUUCUAUGAACACCUGGAACCAGGCACAUCUCUUCCACCCCUUUCUCUGUUAUCACCACCAACCGCUCCUGGUUCAAUCUGUCUCCAUACAGAAACUGUCACUUCACACUGCAGCGGAUCAGUAAACUGCACUGAGCAUGCUCGUGCAGAUGCAGCCUGUAGAUGGAGCAAAGUGGAGAGGAGGAGAAAGAGGAGGAGAGGGAGACACACAGGAGCUGCACACAGCGCUCUGAGAACAAAACCUGCAUGGGAGGAUUCUUCUCUGUCAACACAGAUGGAGUGUGAGAGGGGAAUACCAAUGACUGGGAUGUCAGAUUGUCAUCGCCAAGGAGGAACAGAAACGUGAAAAGGGUCUCUUGGACGGCGUAGCAAUGUACGCCUUCUACUCCCUGUUAGUCUACAUCUUCUACACCGUCUUCAAGAAGGAAGAGGAGGAUGAAGCUUUGGAGGGGGCCUGUGGAUCUUCCUCAAAUGAGCCAAGACCUGUUUCCAUGGAAACAGGGAGAAGGAGGAGAGAUGGCCACACCUCCAAAAUGGGGAAGAAGGCUUGUUCUCAGCGUGGUGAAUCCAGCAGUAGCAGUGACAGUGAUGAAAUGUCUCUGAGUGAUGAAGGUGAGGCAGAAGGCCCCGACAUCCCAGCAUGCACUCCUCUAGCUGCUUUCCUGUCCUUCAAGCAUGAGGCUGAGAAGAGGAGGGCCUCCCAGGUCCAGGUGGAAACAACAGGAAAGCCGACAGAGUCUCCCCUGCUGGCGGUGAUGUCCCACUUGCUGACUUUUCUGGAGCAGUACUCCCACUUCCAGCAGCUGCAGCAGCAGGCCGACCAGUACCGGGUCCAGCUGAAGAGGCACCGCGUAAAGCACCGCCGACAAAUGAAGGCCCUACGAGCGUCAUACCGCCAGCGCCUCAGGGACAAGAGCAGCAUCAUCAGCAGCCUGGAGGAAGCCAUCAGCCAGCAGCACACCCCCAGCCCGCUGAGCGAGGGUGAGUCCAUCGGUGAUGCAGGGACACAAGCUGGGGUUCACCGGCUGGUUGAGUCUCUGUACGGGCUGCAGGGGGAGAGGAGUAAGCUGAGGGGGGAACUCCGUCUGCUGCACUCCCAGCUGGAGGAGAAGGAUCUGGACCGACACUCUCGUAUACAGACCUUCCAGCAGCAGAUCGACGAGCUCAAGAGUUGCAUAGAGGAGCGCGAGGAGGAGCUGUGCAGACUGAAAGCAGCCACUGGGGCCACAGACUCAGAGAAGCGAGUGCUGUGUCUGUCAGCAGAGAAUGAGAGUCUGAAGCAGAACCUGAGCGUUACCCAAGGCCUCCUGCAGCAGCUGUCAGCCAUCCCCUCGCAAUCCAGCACCAUGCUCAUCAAGGAGAAUGAGAACCUCCGCAGUAGAGUGCAGCAGCUGGAGAUGUCCCUGCAGCAACGUGCUGAACAGCUAUCACAUCUGGAGCGACAGAGCGAACAAAGUGAGUGGAGGAGAGGAGAGGAGCUGAGGAAACGAGAGGACCGAGUGAGGGAGCUGCAGCUGGAGUUGGACAGAGAGAGAGGGAAGGAGCCAGAGAUAAAGUAUGUCACCCAGACUGUGGAGGUGGAAUCACCAGCCACUUUAAAGCAGCUGACCAAAGCCAGACAGAGGAAUGAACUGCUAUCCGAUAAACUGGCCAAUCAGAAUGAGCGGUGCAAACAGCUGGAGGAACACAUCAGGAAGUCUGAUGAAUACAGCUGUAAUCUCCAGCACAAGAUUGCAGCGUAUGAGCGAGAAAUCACUAAACUGAGGGAGGAGCUGUUGAAAGAGAUAGGACACUUGGAGGAGAAGAAGGAGGAGGCUGUGAAAGCUGCCUCCACCUGCUCAGCCGAGCACUUCCAGAACCUGCAGGACCAAUUCUUCGGCUUGCAGAAGCGUCUGACUGCACUCCCUCCAACUUUACGCUCCAUGAAAACCGACUACACCAGUCUGAAGAGCCAGGUUAGAAACUUCUCCGACUUUUACGGAGCAGCUAUCAAUGACGCAAAAAAACAGGUUACAGCAGCUAUUAGUGAGAUGUCUGAAGCCAACAAAGAUCUCCUGGAGAAAUACAGGAAGGAGGUUGCACUGCGCAGGAAGUACCACGAGCAGCUGGUGGAGCUUAAAGGCAACAUCCGCGUGCUGUGCCGUGUAAAGCCGGUGCUGAAGGAGGACCAGCACGAGGAGGGCCAGUCUGUGGUGGUGACCACGGACCCCAACAACGAGUCCUCACUCAAUGUGCUGAACAAAGGAAAGGAUCGCAUCUUCGAACUGGACAAGGUCUUCCACCCUCAGGCCACACAGGAAGAGGUCUUUCAGGAGAUAGAGCCCCUUGUGACGUCCUGCAUCGACGGCUACCAUGUCUGCAUAUUUGCCUAUGGACAAACUGGCUCCGGAAAAACCUACACAAUGGAGGGCAGUGUGGAGAACCCAGGCAUCAACCAGCGAGCCCUGAAACAUCUCUUUAGUGAGAUCGAGGAAAGGAAGGACAUGUGGACUUACACGGUGACCGUCAGCUCUGUGGAAAUCUACAACGAGGUGCUAAGAGACCUGCUGAGUAAGGACGGAGAGAAACUGGACAUUAAGAUCAACCCGGACGGGACGGGACAGCUGCAUGUGCCGGGCCUCAGGGUCAUCGAGGUGAAGAGCUUUCAGCACAUCAAGAAGAUUUUAGCCAAAGCUCGAAGGAACAGGAUCACCUUCGGCACUCAGAUGAACCAGCACAGCUCCCGCUCCCACGCUCUGCUCUGCGUCACCGUGCAGGGCACCGACCUCGCCACCGGCUCCAAAACCACCGGAAGAUUGAACCUGGUGGACCUGGCUGGCUCUGAGAGGGUUUGGAAGUCUGGUGCAGAGGGAGAGAGGCUGAAAGAGGCGCAGAAUAUUAACCGCUCCCUGCUGUCACUGGGUGACGUCAUUCAGGCACUGAGAGCUCGGCAGACUCAUAUCCCUUUCAGGAACUCCCGCCUUACGUACUUAUUACAAGACUCCCUGGGAAAAGGUAGCAAGACUGCCAUGGUGGUGCAGGUAUCUGCUCUGGAGAGUAAUGUGGGAGAGACAUUGUGCUCACUGAAGUUCGCCCAGCGGGUGUGCAAGGUGGAGCUGGGUCCUGCAGCUAGGAAGAUUGAAUCUGGUGGAGGACAGUGCGACUGACAGUCACUUCCUGUUCCUCAGUGACCCCCAGGAAGCCAUGAAUCCACAAGUCAGAUUCUUAUCAACCAAUCAUAACGCGUCAAUAUCAAGAAGAUCAACAGCAAUCCUGCUCAAGGGCUAAAUCUGAAGAGGUCUGUGUGGCAGCUGAAUGCCAGCCUUUGAUUGAGGUUGGGCGUUCAGGCCUCCUCGUUGCCAUUUCCUGCUUCUGACAAGCGAUAACCCUUUAUCUUUCGCUAAUCUGCAUGCAGGAGUAUUUACUCUCUCACUCCGAGUGCCAAAACAACCUCUGACUCCCCCCAAGGUCUAGAUACGAUGCUUCCUUGAACUACAAUAUCUCAGUUUCCUCUUGUGAAAUACCAAAUCCCAGGAUUUAUCUUAUCAGCUUUUUCUUGCUGGUCAUCACAGUAUUUAAAGCAGCGUGAUGACAGAGAACAGGUUCAACCAGCUUCCAGAGCCACAAUAUCAACAACUCCGUUUUUAGAAGUAUUUAUCAUCUUGCUAUUAAUAUCUGUAGUUUGUGAGCUUCGUCGCUAAUGUUGUAUAUUUUUGAAGAUUGUAGUGUGUAGGGGAACCUGUUUUGUAGUCAGUGAGUAUGGCUAAUAAUAAUUAGAGCAGUUUUUACGAGAUUCAGAAGAGCACUGAAUGGUUUCUGUUUCUCUUUAGAGCCUUCAUCAUUUGUCUUUUGAGAACAGAGGAACGCUGUUGAAGGAACAGGUGGCCUUGAAUGAGAAGUGGUGAUGAAUGGUGCAAUACGUCCCUGUAGAGGAGACAGUUUAGGCCUACGUUGGAAGAAGCACUUUGAGGGAAAAUAGGAACUAUUUAGUUCAGGAAAGGUAUAUACGUGCUUGAUAUAGAUAUCACUAGUGAAUGUCAUACCAAAAAUCGCUUAUUGUUAUCUGUUCCUCUAUGUAUCACCCAUUGGAUCAACUUGGUUCAAUAGUAGCAAGACAUUAAUGUUGCAGUAACUACCAUGAGUGCAUAGGGCUCACUUAAUAAGGCCUAGUCGGUGGAUUUUCAGAUCGUUUUCUGAAUAAAUACGACGUAUU